AUGGAGAAGAUCUACCUGAAGGUGUUCGAACUGACAGGGCUGAAGGAAGACGAUACAGGAAAAUACUACAUAAAAGUGUAUUGGAAGAACAAAAAGUACAAAACGGCGGUGCAGGAAGAUGGGUGCUAUUUUUUCAACGAAAUUUUCCUCAUACCGGUGGAGCACGUAGCGGAUGAAAAAAACGAAAUCCUGUCGAUCGAAGUGUGGCUUAGCUCAUUAUUUAAUACGAAAGUUGCCUAUACUUUUUUUACUUUAGAUUUUAUAAAAAAGGAAAAAACGGUGAAGCAAAAGGUGCAGCUAAUUGAUAUAUUAAAGAGCUGCACUUUGGAGUUGUCUGUAAAUAUAGUACGGGACCAAAAGGAUGUAACUUUUUUUAACGUUAAAGAAAUUUAUCACCAUAAGACGGAUAAAGAGAUAAAGGAUGCCAUUUCGAUGCAUCGAACUGAAUCGGAAGUUCUUCGAGUGUUCCGAAAUGAAUACGCACGCAAAAUUAACUCACAACCCCCAAUUGUACCCCCACAUGGGAACCAAUGGGCAGGACAGGGUGCACCUCCAACAAACCAGUGGGAAGGACAGAUUGUACACUCCACGAAUGGGUAUGUUCAAAGGGAUGACCCUCGAAAGGAUAAUAUGCACUUACCCACUGGAGCAGAACCACAUGUAUACGCGGCAAACCCGUAUGUGCCUAUGACCCCCACGACGGGAAUGACGAACAGUCACUACCACUACACCCCAGUAGUUCACCAAAAUGAAUUAACCUCUGCAGGUGGUAAAAUUCCCACUUCUGUGCCCAGUCAGUUAAAUGGUGGGGCGGUUCUCGCCAAUAACUCUGUACACCAUGCGCGUAUGAAUAUCAACACGGGUGUAAUUAACCAUGGCGAGAAAUAUGGCUUGUUUACCCCCCAUAUGGUGGAUAAUUUUUACGGAGGGGGAAACCACACAAAUCAAGUUACCUACCAAAGUGGCAUAUACAACGUCGGUGCAGCGUCGCCCUAUUCAGACAAAAUCCUGCACCGCUCAUGUAGAAACAAAAAAAAAGCACUACUCAUCGGAAUAAACUAUUACGGUUCUAGGGAAGAAUUAAGUGGCUGUACAAACGACACAGUUCGAAUGAUGAACCUUCUAAUUUCAAAAUAUAAUUUCCACGAUUCUCCAACAAGCAUGGUUAGAUUAAUCGACAACGAAAGCAACCCUAAUUAUAGGCCCACCAGAAAAAAUAUUUUGUCUGCCCUGACUUGGCUCACGAAGGAUAAUGAACCUGGAGAUGUUUUUUUUUUUCUAUACUCUGGACAUGGGUCCCAACAGAAGGAUUACACAUACUUGGAAGAUGAUGGAUAUAAUGAGACCAUCCUUCCUUGUGAUCAUAAAACGGAGGGACAAAUUAUCGAUGAUGAAUUGCACAGGUUCUUGGUUCAACCUCUGAACGAUGGAGUUAAAUUAAUUGCUGUCAUGGACUGCUGCAAUGCCGGUAGUUGUAUCGAUCUUGCUUAUAAGUAUAAACUAAAGUCGAGGAAAUGGAAGGAGGUGAAAAACCCCUUCCACGUGGUUUGCGAUGUUAGCCAAUUUAGUGGGUGCAAAGAUAUGCAGUUUUCGCACGAAAUUGACACAGGGAGACAUGCUCCCGGGGGGGCACUCGUCACGGCGAUGAUACACGUUUUGGGGGCAACACGUGGGGCGAAUGCACUCACUUACGACCACCUACUGCAAAAUGUGAGCAGCUACAUCAAGAGCUAUCACGACCAGAAAAUUGUUUUCAUGGCUUCGCAAAAAUUUGACCUCAAUCGCGCUUUCGACUUUGAUCACAUCCUCAAAAAUAAGAAUGGCAAUUUGGGACAAAAUGUGAACAAACUCGUGCACAAAAAUAAGAAGAGCAAGAAGAACAAACACGACUUCUUCUCCUUCUUCUGA